AUGGAACAAAAUAUGAUUCCUAACCUUUUGAAAAGUGGACAUAUUUACCCCUCCGUUAGAGUUGUUCCGUUUGGCCUGACGAAAAACGGUGACGUGGCUCCCGUGGCGCUGACCUCGCCGUUACGGGCUGUCACGUGGGAUGGUCUUUUGAAAAGAGGACAAAACUCCCUCUCCGGCCCACUCCCUUCUCUAUCCGACCUCUCUAACCUCCAAACUGCCUACUUCGGCCGCAACAACUUCACCUCCAUCCCCUCCGCCGCAUUCUUCGGCCUCACCAGCCUCCAAAAACUCAGCCUCUUCAACAACCCUUCCCUACCCCCCUGGCCCUUCCCCACCGACUUAACUCAAUCAUCAACUCUCAGCGACCUCGAUUUCGGUUCCUCCGGAAUCACCGGCGACCUUCCGGACAUCUUUGACUCCUUUCUCAGUCUCCAGAACCUUCGCCUCUCCUACAACAACCUCACCGGAGCCUUGCCCAAGUCCCUUGCGUCCUCCUCGAUUAUCAACCUGUGGCUUAACAACCAACAAAACAGUUUAUCGGGGACAAUUGAGCCUAGGGAUAACAAGCUAACCGGGGUCGUUCCGAGCUCAUUGAUGGCGCUUCCAAACUUGAAGAACGUAUCUUUGGACAACAAUGAGUUGCAGGGUCCUGUGCCAGCGUUCGGUAAGGGUGUGCAGGUGAUGGUUUUGCUUAAGGUUGCUGAGGAUUUUGGGUAUCCGAGUCGGUUUGCGGAAUUGUGGAAAGGGAAUGAUCCUUGCACAUAA